UCCGGGCAGAUGGUAGACCAAAUCGUUGUAAAGAUGACAGACCAGGUAAAGAUUGGUACUACAGUUUUAUGAACAGGCAUCCUGAAAUUUCGUUAAGAUCGCCGAGACAGUUAGGUAAAGAAAGGGCAGUCAUUAAACCUGAACAUGUUGAAAAGUGGUUCACAGAUUUCGAGUCUUUCAUUAAGGAUACUGUCCCUGAUCCAGUCAUACUUCUAGACCCAACGCGGCUGUACAACGCCGAUGAGACAGGGUUCAGUAUGUGUCCAAAAACGGGGCAUGUUCUGGGUCUAAGAGGUGCAAAAUCGGUUUAUAAUAUAACUGCGUCAGAUAGAUCACAGAUAACAGUUAUGGCUGGAAUGAGCGCCGCUGCUCAUUAUCUGCGCCCGAUGAUAGUGUUUGCUGGGCAGAGAUUUACCAGAAAUAUGUUAGAGGGGUUUGAUGAUGCAGUAUUGGGGAGGUCAGAAAACGGAUGGAUGGAUAGUGAAUUGUUUGUCAUGUGGCUGAAAACCGUUUUCAUCCCAGAUAUAGAAGAAAGGCAGGUGAAAAAGCCAGUAAUUUUGUUUGUUGAUGGACAUAAAACACAUAUGACUAUUGAAGCAUCUGAUGUAUGUAAAGAUAAUGGGAUCAUAUUAUAUUGCCUACUGGAACAUGCUAGUCAUCUAAUGCAGCCAUGUGAUCUAAGACUGUUUUCGUCCCUAAAGGAAACAUGGAAAUCUUCUUUACGUGAAUGGCAGAUAGAUCAUGUAGGUCAGUAUGUGACAAAGUUUGAAUUUGCUGCGAUAUUCAAAAAGGCAUGGGUAAAUGCAUCAAAGGUUGAGAAUGCUGUGAAUGGAUUCAGAGACGCAGGCCUUUUUCCAUUAGAUAAAGACAAAGUAUUAAAGACUGACAAGUUUCAAACAAGCAUUCUGUUCAGACAAAAAGAAAGUAAAUCAAAUGAAACAGAAGAUAAUAGAACAACUGAACAGACAGAAACAGCCCAAGAUGAGGAAAGCAGACCAGACACUCAGAUGAGACAAGUAGAACAAACAGUUGCAAAACAGAAUGAAACCCGUCAGAUGGUUAAUAAAGAGAAACAGACUGAGAAUGAAAAGCAAGAUGAAGCAUCGAAGGAGAAGGAGAAUAUUGACCCAAAGUCGAUAAUUACAGUAAACGUAAAAGUCACCACUGAUAAUAGUUUAAGUCCGCAACCUUCAACAUCGGGGGCUGCAUCGCCAAUGAGCAAGAUCCUGAAUAUUCCGAAGCCUAAAACAACAAAGAAGAGAAGUUUCAAAAGAGAAAUAUUGCCAAAAGCAAUUACAGGGGAAGAAUUUCGUAAAAUACUGAGUGAAAAAAAGAGAAAGAAGGAGGAAGAGGAGGCUGAAAAGCAAAGGCGCAAAGUGCAAAGGGAACAAAAACGUCUUGAAAGGGAAAAAGAGAAACAAAUUAAGGCCGAGCAGCGUCUUCUGAAGAAAAACAGAAGGAGGAGGAAAAGGAAAAAUUGGCCAAAAUGA